CUUAGAAAUGUGCAUACGCCCUUGGAAGUCUCUCGCUCUCACGAUCAAACUCUUGGUGGUUCCGUAACCUCUUCGGUUUCUCCCGAUCGCCUCCGAUUUGCCCAUCCCACAUCAAAUCAUUAUCGCCCGAAGCAAAUUCAUGGUAUUAUUACACUAGGGUUCCGAUUGAAUUGAAAUAAAAUCGAAGGGAUUCGAAAAUCCCGAUUCAUUUUUCCUAAUGCCGCCUAAUAUUCCGGCAACGACGGUGCUAGCGCGUUUGGGUGUCCGCGGGACUUUGUUGCGACGGAGGAUACCUAAUCAUUCUCAUUACAGCCAGAUUCGGCGUUUUGGCAGCAUUGCCGGCGCCAAUUUAUAUUCUUCGGAGAAUCAUAUAGUUGGGCGAGGUUAUGGGAGAUACAGUUACAAUCUCUGCGAUUAUGGAAAUGUGACGAGCAGUAGCAUUGCUUUUCAGAAAAGGUGUUUUCUGGGAUGCGGAGAUGGCGCUGAGGGGAAUAUGCUAUCGAAGGUACAUGAGGAACGACUGGUUUUAGGUUACUCACCAGAACAAUUGUUCGAUGUGGUUGCUGCUGUUGACAUGUAUGAAGAAUUUCUUCCCUGGUGCCAACGAUCUGAGAUAGUUCGUCGUUUUCCUGAUGGAGGCUUUGAUGCUGAGUUAGAAAUUGGAUUCAAGUUUCUUGUUGAAAGCUAUAUAUCCAAUGUGAAACUGAACAAACCAAAGUCAAUUAAGACAACUUCCUCCCAGAGUACCCUGUUUGAUCAUUUGAUAAAUAUUUGGGAAUUUAACCCUGGACCUGCUCCAGGGACCAGCAAUGUUUACUUCUUGGUUGAUUUCAAGUUUAAGUCACCAUUGUAUCGACAGGUUGCAAACAUGUUCUUCACAGAGGUGGUCUCUCGGCUAGUCACUUCUUUCACUGACCGCUGUCGAUUAAUAUAUGGACCUGGGGUGCAAAUUCUUGAAAACACUAAGAGAUGAAUGCAUCCACUGAUGAUUAGGCUGUCCAAACCCUGAUGAAAUGUUUUGCAAUAGAGACGAUUUCUUAAAACUCCAACAAAACUUGCCUAUUAUUCUGCUUAGUUUGUUUGUCCUAUUUCAUAUUCGACUGCUGAUAAAGAUGCUAACUGCAGCCUUUUUUAGAUCUCUUGUAGCAUCAGCCAUCAUCUACAGGGGAUAGAUAUAUAAUACAUGUUCUUGUCAUU